AACUCCAGAGACUAUCGUCGUCCGCUGAUUUUUAACUGGCUUUUAGCACAAUUUAGUUCAUUCUACCGAAAACACAGCUUGCCUUGUCAUAACGGUUUAGAGGUAAUUUCUUCGGAUGUUAAGGUGUUCCCGCCGCCGUUGCCCGGGUCCCCCCUAUCUCCCUCCCACUCUAUCUCUCGGUGUUUUAUGUCUGCGUCACAACAAGUCGGUCGAGAAAGAGGCAGGGAUGAUGGCGUCUCUCGCGGGUUGAUUCUCGUGCUGCUCUGACAAACACGCUUAAUAGCAUCAAUAGGUGGAGAAAAGAGAGCAAAGGCACGGGAACAUGACGAAACGACGUCGCGGAGGACAGACAGAGAGAGACGGACGGACCGACGCUGUCUCACUGACUGCUUGACUGACAUACGCGCUUGGCACAGACACAUACAUGCACAUCCACUUUGGCACACACGUAGGCUUCACAUCCAACCGGGCACUAAUUGAGACGAGAGGAAAACAGAAGAGAUAAAAUAUUUCAUGUCAAGUCCGCACAGGAAUCGCCGUGACCCCAACGGAGAGGAGUUCGAAUUGACAGGAUGGGGGGAGUAAGUGAAGGGGAUGAUGUGUUAGCUCGAUGGAGUGAUGGACUACUGUACCUUGGCAAUGUGAAAAGAGUAGAUGGAGUCAAGCAGUGUUGUCUGGUAAGAUUUGAGGACAACUCGGAAUUCUGGGUCCUAAGAAAAGACAUUCACUCUUUCUCAGUUGGAGUGGAAGAAGUUUGCUGUAUCUGUGAUGCCCCGCCUCUUAAAGAACCUCUCAUCAAUUGUCUUAAAUGUCGUCACGGUUAUCAUCCUGAGUGCCACACUCCGUCCAUUGAGCCGGAAGCUGACAGCAAUUCUUGGAUAUGUCGGCAAUGUGUCUUUGCAGUGGCAACCAAGAGAGGGGGAGCCAUCAAACGAGGACGGUUUGCCCGGCUCAUGCAAAUCAUGAAACUUCGGCUGCCCUAUCAGCUGUCAUCUUUAGACUGGGACCCACAGCAUCUGACCAACCAGCAGCAGUGCUACUGCUACUGUGCCGGACCUGGAGAGUGGAACUUGAAAAUGUUGCAGUGUGGAAGUUGUGGUCAGUGGUUUCAUGAAGCUUGCACACAGUGUCUGACCAAGCCGUUGUUAUAUGGAGACAGGUUUUAUGAGUUCCAGUGCUCAGUCUGUGCAAGUGGACCAGAGACAAUUCAACGGCUACCCAUGAGCUGGGUAGAUUUGGCCCAUUUGGUGCUCUACCACCUCUCCUUGUGCUGCAAGAGGAAAUACUUUGAUUUCGACCAUGAAAUCAUGUCGUUUGCCAAUGAGAAUUGGGACUCUUUGCUUCUAGGCUCGCUCUCUGACACACCAAGACAAGAUCGCUGUCACAAUCUGCUCAACGCUUUGAACUCCAACAAAGACAGGUUUGUCUCUGGUAAAGAGAUCAAGAAGAAGAAGUGUCUUUUUGGGCUCCAGGUCCGAGCUCCGCCUCCCCUGACCUCUGAUUCGUCCCCCCUCAUCACUGACCCGCCCAUCAACAUCACCCAACGGAGAAGGUCAGACCCAUUGUCACUGCCCUGCCAGAGGAGAGCGGUGGGGCCAGAGUCACGCAAAUCAAAGCGGCGCAUCAUGGAGACACAGCCUUGUCUGCCCCCGGUCCCAGCCACCCCAAUAGAUCUGGUGCCAUGUUGCCAUGGCUACGUAGGUGGGACUAACCUCUACAACUCCAGGAAGUCGGAAGAGGAGCUGAAUUUGGGCUCUCCACCUAAGAGGAUGUUUGCCCUGUAUCACCCAACCUAUAACGGAGCCCCAGCCAUCUCCAGAACCCUGCAUCACUAUAGUGCGGAAGACCCUUGUCGAGUGCCGCCCCCUUGCCUCCCCUUCUCCCUGUCAUCGUCCCACCAUCACCACCACCACCACAACAACCACAACAACCACAACCACCACCAGCAGCACCACCAGCACCAGCCUGGCCAGAAGUUAGAUCCCUGCCCCUCCCUCCUGCUGCGUGACGUCCCUUCCUAUCCGGGUGGCGUGGGGGGAGGGGGCGGGGGGGAUGGGUCAGCUGCCAGGGGCUGGGGGGGCGGGGACGGGGUGAGGAUUUUGGCGAGGCGAGUAACACCAGACGGGAAGGUCCAGUACCUCGUGGAGUGGGGGAACGUGAGCGUGUACUGAGAGAGAGAGAGAGAGAGAGAGAGAGAGA